CUCUAUAAGAACACAAUGAAGAAGAGUUGUGAAAAUCCUCUUCCUCUUGCUCUAGCCUAACCUCCAUUUCACACUACAAGCAGCGCUGUUGUAGAAGAAGAACAAGGCAUGACCCCAUGCGGCGCAUGCAAGUACCAACGGCGGAGGUGCGGAUCGGAUUGCGUCAUGGUGUCGUAUUUCCCGGCUGAGAGCAUUCAGCGGUUCGCGUACGUGCACCAUGUGUUCGGCGGGGGAAACGUCAGUAACAUUUUGAGGUCGACGUCGCCGGAUUUGCGGAAGUGGGUGGCGAGGGCGCUGGCGUACCAAGCGGAGGCGCGUGUGAGAGACCCGGUGCACGGGUGCGUGGGGUUGAUAUGGGAGCAGGAGGAGACUCUGGGAAUCCUGAAAGAGAAGCUGGAGAAAGCGAAAAGGGAACUGGCCCAAUACGUGGGCCCAGAUGUUAUGCAAAAGAUGAUUGGGCAGUGUUCCUCCGAUCCGCAUGCGAAGACGGUGGACCUUAAGGCUCCUCUCUCUGCCCCCGUUGAUUUUGAUCUUUCUUCAUGGGAUCCUUUUCCGGCUUGGGAAUCUUCUUCCUCACGCCGCCUGCCAUCUCAAGCUGACGCUAAGGGUAAGACUAUUGCUCCUCCUUCUUGAACAAAGCCAUUAUGUCGUUUCGGCUGGAUUUUAGGUUUUUAUUCGAUCUGCAACAUCCUCCUUUUUCAUUCUUUAGUUGUUAUUGAUCCAAGAAGAAGAAGUAGACAGAGAUAAUUAGUAACGGUCUAUUUUGUCAUUAUAAUAUAUUUUUAAGAUUAAUUUGUAGUUCUUCUUCAAAAUGUAUUGGAAUAUUGGGGGUUUAGAAGUUAGUGGAAAAGGCAUUUGCAACAUGAAUGUUUGAUGAGAAACUGAAUGCAAAGGUGAUGAAUAAAACAGUUUUAGAUUUUUGGCUCA